AUGGUCUCUUCCCCCCCGCGAAAGCGACAGCGGAAACACAUAGUUCUCUCAGACGACGAGCUCGAAAGCCCAGUUCCAGCCAAGGGAAGACAGAAAGCUCAAGUCCAGAGGACAUAUAAGGGGGAACGAUCUCUAACAGCCUCGAGGGCGACUUCAACCGCGACCGCAGGCGGCAGCAAUCGCAAUGGGACUCUACAGCUCCCACUCUCAACUCUACCGACACGACCAUCCUCGCAGAAUCUGCCUCCUCCUCCUGAGCGAUCCUUAAAUGACGUACUCAAGUCACCGAGUAAAGCAUCUUCGGUCCAUUCAACUCGUACGACUCCUACAUCUUCUCCAGAGAAGAAACGCAAGAACACCGCAAAACCCAAGAAGAAUACUGGUGAUGAAAACAUUGGACAGGCUGGUAAAUCGCUACGAAGCUUCUUCCAACCAGCUACCGAGGAAGAAAGAUGGAGUAGAUUACAGCGGGAAAAGGAACGGGAGAAAGAAAAAGAGAGGGAAAGGCAGAUGUUUCUGGAACUCGAAAAUGACUUACUGGAGGAUAUGAUUGAAGAUGAUGACUCUCUGGAUGAGUAUCUAUCACAACCGCGACAAAAAGUCAGUCAAAAUGGAAUAUCAAAUUUCCACAGUCACACUGUGCUAGAUCGACGGAAAAGCAGUCCUCAUCCAAGUCAAAAUGGAAUAUCAACUCCUAAACCGGAAAAGAAACCAAGAUCAGGGAAAAGGUUCAUACUUCACACGGAUAGCAAUGACUCUGGAGGCUCCUCACAGUCGAAUUUUGCGUCGAUUAGACCGUCCCCAGCGCCAGCACAAGCAGCUGGGAAGCCGUGGGCGGAGCAAUUUGCCCCGGUCAAUUUGGACGAACUUGCUGUGCAUAAGAGGAAAGUUGCAGAUGUGCAGAAUUGGCUGAACGAGGUUUUCAUAGGUCGAAGUCGACGCAGUAUACUUGUGCUAAAGGGGCCCGCGGGCAGCGGCAAAACCACAACCAUUUCGUUGUUAUCGAAAGCUCUCGGGUAUGAGAUCGUGGAGUGGAGGAAUUCUGCUGGAACAGAAUAUUCCGCUCAGGGAUAUGCCUCCGCCGGGACGCAGUUCGACGACUUCCUUGGCCGCGGUGAGAAAUACAACUGCCUGGAGUUAGAUGGUGAAGCUUCGUCUACUUCUAGUAGUAGUGCCGCGUUGCAAUCUUCUAAACGGCGCAUAAUGCUUGUAGAAGAGUUUCCAUCAUCCCUUAGCCCUGGAUCGCCCGGGUUAACAGCAUUCCGGUCUGCGCUUUUGCGCCAUGCCGCCUCCUCAUUUUCUUCAAUUGCCGCUAGGAUAGCAGCCCGACCAACGGAAACCCCAAAUACCCCAGUUGUUAUUAUUGUUUCUGAGACGUUACUAGGAGAUGGUACUUCUUUUUCCGAUAGUUUUACCGUUCAUCGUCUACUAGGGCCAGAGCUAUCCAAUCACCCGGGAGUCAGCAUUAUUGAAUUUAACCCGAUUGCACCUACAUUUCUCACCAAAGCUUUGGAUCUUGUGCUAAAGAAAGAAGCACGCUUAUCCCACCGAAAGCGUAUCCCGGGACCUGCAGUUCUCAAGCGGUUCGCAGAAAUGGGAGAUGUCCGCAGUGCUAUUUCCUCACUGGAGUUUAUCUGUCUUCAAGGCGGCGACUAUGAAGGAUAUAGUGGAAUGCUGAACUGUCGCCCGAAACGCUCAGGUAAAACAGCCGUUCCACCCACAGCAAUGGAAGCGGAAACUCUUCAAAUGGUUACUCAGAGGGAGGCUAGUUUGGGGAUUUUCCACGCUGUUGGUAAAGUAAUGUACAAUAAAAGGGAGGAACCGAGCCCCGCGACUUCAACGCGCACUGGUUCACGAGCUAGGAAACCCGCUGCACAACUUGGAGAUCGCCAUGACUUGGUGUCUCAAGUUUCUGUUGAGGACCUAAUUAAUGAAACCGGAACAGAUAUCCAGACUUUUUUGUCUGCAUUGCAUGAAAAUUAUCCUCCGUCUUGUCACGGCGAUUUAUUCACCGAAUCCUUGGAUGACUGUUCAGAACAACUUUCUGCUGCAGAUAUCCUGGGAAUUGGAAAUCGUCGGAAUGCCCAAUCAACCCGAGGAAUUGGGUCUGGGCGCGUUGCAUUCCAGGGAGCCGGAACUGGAAUCGAUAUACUACGUCAGGAUGAAAUUAGUUUCCAGGUUGCUUCGCGAGGGCUUUUAUAUCAUCUUCCUUAUCCAGUUAACAGACGCGGGCCAGAUGCGCACAAAAUGUUCUACCCUUCCUCAAUAAAGUUAUGGCGACAAGCUGAAGAAGUGGAUGGGCUAAUUGCCCUUUGGACACAACGUAUAACAACAGGCUCUGCAAAUGUAAGCACUACUGAUAUAGUGCCUCAGCGAUCCGAAGGGGUCGAAUCUUGGGGAAUCUGUGCUCGUGCUCGGCAGCGACACACUCGGAAAGAAAGUGGCCCUGGCAGCCAGGGCACGACAAGGUGUAUGAUAUCCCGUGAUGAAGUCAUUUUGGAGCGGCUUCCUUAUAUGAGACGUAUAUCGAAAGACACGACUGAGCGAAAGGAGAUAGAAAGAGUAACGCAGCCCAAGGGCAUGAUAAGACGAAGCCAAGAAGUUGAAGAGGAUGAUUUCCAACCUGGCCAUAAUACCCCUUCUAUUUCAACUAUGGGUCCUCUUAACAGAAAUCGAGUGUGGCAACCAACACUAGCCACAUCCAGUAUUGCAGGCUUACCUACUGUUGAACAAGGGGUGGAUAAACUCAUUCUGAGCGAUGAUGAUAUUGAGGAUGAUUAA